AUGAAAGCGGUACAAGUCCGUAAAACGAAUACCAUAACGCGUGCACGCGUUUCUCGGAAUUAUCACGAGUCCUCUGGCGGUAUCACUUCUCUUCUGGAAAGCGGCUCAGCGCGACUUGCCCAUUUCUUCUCGACAGCGCUGCUAUCCAAUCGUCACCGACGCUAUUUUGACAUUCCUACAGAUCUCCAAGUCCUAAUCAUGCGGCUUCUGCCCGUGACGUCAGCAGUCGUCCCAACUCCGGACACAUUUUCACUUUUACUCCUCACAUCGUCCGCGCCCGCCGCUUCGUCGUGGAUUCUACGUGACAUGACUGAUGCGAAAACAAAGGACAAGCAUGUAAACAACGGUACGUCCGCUGGUCCGGUGUCGGUCGACUCCGACGGCCUGAUCGAGGGCAACUAUGACCAAGUGGUGCCGUCGUUCGAUGAGAUGAAUCUUAAGGAAAAUCUCCUACGUGGAGUAUAUGCAUUUGGUUUUGAAAAGCCAUCCGCAAUUCAGCAGCGUGCUAUCGUACCGUGCUGUUCAUCGCGUGAUGUGAUUGCUCAAGCUCAGUCUGGUACCGGAAAAACGGCUACUUUCUCGAUUUCAAUCCUGCAACGGAUCGACGAAACAAAGCCGUAUGUGCAGGCACUAGUCAUGGCUCCUACUAGGGAGUUGGCGCAGCAAAUCCAAAAAGUGAUGAUCGCACUUGGUGACUAUAUGAAAGUCAAAGUGCAUGCAUGCAUUGGUGGAACUAGUAUUCGCGACGAUCAACGAAAAUUGGAAGCUGGUGUACAUGUUGUGGUCGGAACACCUGGUCGUGUUAAUGAUAUGAUUAGCCGAGAUAUUUUGGUUACUUCAUAUAUCAAGAUGUUUGUACUGGAUGAAGCUGACGAAAUGCUUUCUCGUGGUUUCAAGGAUCAGAUUUACGAAGUCUUUAAGACGAUGCCGCAGGAUGUUCAAGUCGUUCUUCUCUCUGCAACCAUGCCGGCAGAUGUGCUUGAUGUAACAGAAUGCUUCAUGAGAAAUCCCAUCAGAAUUCUUGUGAAAAAGGAAGAGUUGACCCUUGAAGGAAUUCGUCAGUUUUAUGUGAAUGUCCAAAAAGAUGAGUACAAAUUCGAGACGCUUUGCGAUCUCUAUAAUGUGAUCAACGUCACACAGUCUGUGAUUUUCUGCAAUACAAGAAGAAAGGUUGAGCAGCUCAACGAACAGAUGACGGCACAGAAAUUCACUGUUUCAUGUUUGCAUGGAGACAUGGAACAGAUGGAACGUGACGUCAUUAUGCGGGAAUUCCGUUCGGGUUCCUCACGUGUGCUAAUCACUACGGAUCUCCUUGCUCGCGGUAUCGACGUUCAGCAGGUGUCUCUUGUGAUUAACUACGACCUGCCGUCGAACCGCGAAAAUUACAUUCACCGUAUCGGUCGAUCGGGUCGUUUCGGAAGAAAGGGAGUGGCGAUCAACUUCAUCACAGACAAUGACGCUAGACAAUUAAAAGACAUCGAGCAGUUCUACAACACAGUCAUUGAAGAGAUGCCAAUGUCAAUCGUGGAUUUGCUCUAGAGGUGAAGGUCACAAAAACCCUGCUUCCAGCUUCUUUCCCAGUGAUUUAUUAUUCUUUGUCAUUCUAUCCUCAUGGUGUUCAUUUAAAUGGUGAUCAUAGACAUAUUUUAUCGGCUUUGAGUUUAUCAUAAUCGAGUUAAUAAAAUCUUUCAUAGUUCU